AUGUCCCACUCUCACAGCUCGACCGCCAUGGUCAUGGGCGCAGGCGAAUGCCAGAUGGAAAUGCUCUGGAAUUGGCGCAUAGUCGACGCCUGCUUCCUGUCCGGCUCCUGGCACAUCAAGAACAACGCCAUGUUCGCCGCGUCCUGCGUCGGUGCCGCCAUGCUCGUCGUUGCCCUCGAGUUCCUGCGUCGCGUCAGCACCGAGUGGGACGCCUAUCUCUUGCGCACCUUCCAGCGCCAAUUGCGCAUCCAGCAAGCAGCCCUCGCCGAGACGCCGCUCUCCAGCUGCUGCGAUGGUCCUUCUUCCACGCUAGGCACCCAGUACGCUACCUUUCGCGCCACCUCGCUGCAACAACUAGCCCGCGCUAUCAUCCACGGAGUCACCUUGGGUGUUGCCUAUCUGCUCAUGCUAAUCGUCAUGUCUUUCAAUGGCUGGAUCUUCAUCUCCAUCAUUCUUGGCGCUGUCCUGGGCAAAUUCCUGUGCGACUGGAUGGUGGUCAGGAUUCCCUUUGAGGCUGUUUUCAGGGACGAAAAAGACGUGAGACGAUCGUCUGUUGGGCCUGUUGGGCCGACUGGUUGCUGUUCCUAG